AUGCCUGUGUACCUGGCCUACUCGCUUGUCGGGCCGGUUUUCUCUCUCCGCUCGCUCAGUCGGUUGAAACAACGUGAACAAAAGCGUCGCGUACGACUCUUCGUUUUUGGAACCAUUGCAUAAAUCGGUUUAUAGUAAUAUUGGUGUCCGUACGAGUGCAAAAAAACGGUCGUAAAUAGUGUUCGGUCGCGAGAAAAGUGCAGUGCAGUGAACUGUUAUGUCUACUUAAUACUGGAAACAGCACACAAGUCUUGUUGUUUAUGUAUGCAAGCGAGCUCAAGUCUGUAUCCUGCCGUGAUGAGCUGAAAUGAUGCACAGAUGCGCUCUCGCUUGCUGCCUCCUGGUGAUCGCUUGUGCCCAGGUGGACUCGGAAGCCGGGGCGUCCACCACCGCUGAUGUUGCCUUCCACUUCUCCAAGCAGCUCUACAAUGUCAGCAUCCCCGAGAACAGCGUGGCGAAGACCUACGCCACCCAGACCCCCGGCUCGGACCUCAUGGGCAUCCGCCUGCCCUCUCCCAACACCUUCGCCGACAUACGAUAUAAGAUAGUAGAGGGCGACAAGGACAAAUUUUUUAAAGCGGAACAUAGAAUAGUGGGCGACUUUUGCUUUCUGUUCAUUAGAAUUAAGACCGGCAAUAACGACGUGUUGAACCGCGAGAGGAAGGACAAGUACGUGUUGCAAGUGCGCGCCACCGCCUCCAUCAAGGAAGGCAAGCAGAAGGUCCAGUACACGUCGGACACGACAGUCGUCGUCACUGUCCUGGAUACCAAUGAUCUCAGUCCUCUGUUCUACCCCAUAGAGUACAACGCGACUGUCUUCGAGGACACGCCGGUUCACCAAAGCAUCCUCAAGGUCGUAGCUGAGGAUGCCGAUUUGGGUAGGAAUGGGGAAAUCUACUAUAGCUUUGUGGAAGACACGGACAUGUUCGCCAUACAUCCUAUGACUGGCGUAAUAUCCCUUAGCAGGCCUUUAAGGUACAACGAGGGCACAUAUCACGAACUCACGGUCUUCGCACAAGACAGGGGAGUCCGUUUUAACCAUGGAGGGAUGUUUAGCAAGGCCAAAGUAAGGAUCAGGGUGAAAAAGGUAAAUUUCUUUGCGCCUGAGAUUCGAAUCCGCAGACAUCCCCAAAUAGUAGAAAACUCCAAUGCCGACAUCUACGCCAUAGUUAACGUCUCGGACAGAGAUAGUGGUAUACAUGGAGAGAUAGCUAGCUUGGAAAUAGUCGACGGAGACCCAGAUGGCCACUUCAGAAUCCGUCCUGCCAGACAGAAAGGUGAGUACAACAUAGAAGUGUUGAAGUUGUUGGAUAGAGAGACCACCCCGCAAGGGUACGUGCUGCAGCUUCGUGCCACCGAUAAAGGCAUACCACCCAGAGAGAGUUACAAGUCUGUACCAGUGCAGCUGACUGACCUAAACGACAAUGCCCCGGUGUUCAAUAAAGAAAUCUACGACGUCAAGGUUCCUGAAACAGCCCCUGUAAAUACUCCACUGAUAAGACUAAAAGUCACCGACGCCGACGAAGGCAAGAACGCUCAGGUGUUCUUGGAAAUAGUAGGGGGGAAUGAAGGGGGUGAAUUUAGCAUCAACCCCGAAACGGGUAUGUUAUACACCGCCAAACCACUUGACGCGGAAAAUAAACAGUUCUACAGCCUCACCGUGUCGGCUAUUGACCAGGGAAAUGCAGCUACUAGGAAGCAAUCGUCGGCCAAGGUGAAAAUAUACGUCGAAGAUACUAACGACAAUGAUCCCAUUUUCGAGAAGUCUGAAGUGACUGUUUGGAUAGACGAGAACAUGCCUGCAGGCACGUCUGUGACUACAGUCCACGCCAAGGACAGAGAUCGCGGAGAGAACGCCUACAUUUCCUACCUUAUCGCUAAUCUCAACAAAGUACCCUUCGAGAUAGACCACUUCUCAGGCGUAAUAAAGACCACCCAGCUUCUGGACUACGAAAGUAUGAGGAGGGAGUACAUCUUAAGAAUAAGAGCGUCGGAUUGGGGCCUACCCUACCGUCGACAAACGGAGAUGCAGCUGACGGUGAAGGUGAAGGAAGUGAACGACAACCGCCCCCAGUUCGAGAAGGUGGACUGCGUAGGUCACGUACCCCGUUACGUCCCCAUAGGCUCCGAAAUAAUAACACUGUCCGCCAUCGACUUCGACGCCGGAAACAUAAUCAGUUACAGGAUCGUGUCGGGGAACGAGGACGGCUGCUUCAGCAUAGACAUCACCUCGGGCACGAUAAGCGUCAGUUGCGAUUUGAACGACAUCCGGGUGAGCGAAAGGGAACUGAACGUAACUGCCACCGAUAACACGCACUUCGCCGAUAUCGCGCGGGUGCGCUUCAAGCUGGUGAAUGCGAAAAGGAACACGAUAACGAGCGGGAAGCUGAUCAGCGACGACACCGGAGCCUUCGACUGUAAGGACACCGGGGUCGCCAGGAGGCUGACGGAAGUGCUAGCCGACGCGGAGGACAACAACAAGCCGCUGGCGCAGGAGGAGUUCCCCAUGAUGCCUACGAGGUACGGCCAGAACGUACAUUCGCCCGAGUUCAUGGAUUUUCCCGUGGAAAUCAAAGUGAACGAGUCUGUGGCUCUAGGCACGACGCUGGUUAAACUCAGGGCGCGAGACAGGGAUUUGGGUUACAAUGGCAAGCUUAUUUAUGGGAUAUCAGGGGGAGAUAUACACUCCCAGUUCUGUUUGGAUAUGGAAACCGGGGAAUUAAAGGUAAUCGGAUAUUUAGACAGAGAAAGGGAGAACGAGUACUUCCUGAACGUCACAGUCUACGACCUAGGCAAGCCGCAAAAAUCAUCAUCCAGAGUGCUUCCCAUAACUGUGCUGGACGUUAAUGAUAACGCCCCUAAGUUUGAAAAAACCCUGGCUAGUUUUAGGGUGACGGAAAACGCGCUAAACGGCACUGCUAUUUUCAGAGCAAACGCUACAGAUGCUGAUGAGGGUGAUAACGCCAAAGUAACCUACAGCCUGGUCACCGACACCAAGGACUUCCACGUGGACAAAACAACUGGGGUGCUUACGGUUUCCAAUACCCUAGAUAGAGAGCGCCAAGACUUGUACGAACUUCGAAUUAGAGCUACCGACGGAGGCGGUAAAGGACCCGACAAUCCUCCUUUAUACUCCGAAGCAGUCGUGAGAAUCUCAAUAGACGACAUCAACGACAACGCCCCUAAGUUCAGCCUGCCCAACUACUCAGUUAAAAUUCGGGAAGAUUUGCCCAACGGCACGGUUGUGGCUAUGGUGACUGCUGCGGACCCGGAUUUAGGUCCGGAGGGCGAGGUGGUAUACUCGUUGGAAGACACAGACAGCGACGGCACGUUCAAAAUCGACCGGCUAUCGGGAACCAUCCGCACCACCAAAUCGCUCGAUUUCGAGGAACGACAGGUGCACAGUUUGAUCGUAUACGCCAGCGACAGGGGGAACCCCUCGAUGUCCUCCGAAGCCACCGUGACGGUGAACGUAGUGGACGUGAACGAGAAUAUGUACGCGCCCCAGUUCAGUGAUUUCGUGUUGGCCGGGAAAGUGAAGGAGAACCAGCCGGUGGGUAGUUUCGUGAUGCAGGUGAACGCCACGGAUCAGGAUCCUCCGGGGGGCGACAACAACGUGGAAUACUCCAUCAGAGGUGGCGACGGGAUCGGCAUCUUCUCCAUCGAUAAUCAAGG